CCCUGGCACCCGCCUCACUCGGCGGCGUACUUGCCCAGGCGGCGGUGCUCGGCUUCCUCGCGCCUCUCGCCCUGCUCUGCGCCACGCUCGCGGCUCGCUCCUCGUCGCCCUGCCUCUCGCGGAUCACGGUCCGGGCCCCCCGCGUCCUCCAGCACGGCGUGACUGCGCGGCCCCGCUCGCGGCGCGGUUUCGGCACGCGCUGCGGCUCUAGUUGUUGUUAGUGGUGGUGGUGGUUUUGUGAGGCGGGAAGGUUUGUCCUGAACCCCGGUCCCCGCACCUCGGACGCCAACGUGGAGCCCACGGGGUUCCCGAAGACGCCGUCCCACAGCCGGAGGCGGGGGCCCUGUGCCCUGUUCCCCCAGCGACUUGCGCCCUGCCGCACCGUGCCCCGACGAUCCCUCAAGGACGAGACCGACGUGCGGAUGGUCGCCUUCAGCGGGGCCAAGGGCGCCAGUCUGUGACGGACUGCACUGCCCUGCACCGCAUCGCACCCGCACCUAUAGCGCCGGCGCCUACCGCCCGCACCAAGAGCCGGCACCAUCCGCUGCUGGCAACUAGCACCGCAACUAGCACCGCAACUAGCACCGCAACUAGCACCGCAACUAGCACCACUCACAGCACGGCCCACUGAUGUCCCGGUCCGAGGCUGGCGGCGGCCGGGGCUCCCUGGCCGGCACCCUGGGCGGCGUGCACGUGCACGUCUCCGGGGACAGCCUCAAGAGCCUCAAGAACAUCAGGACAUGGCUGAGCCGGAACAUGCUGCUACUAGCCACCCUGAUCGGCGUGGCGUUCGGCGUAUUCCUGGGCCUGGUGCUGCGACCGCUGCAGCUCCACGAGGACUGGGUGCUGCUGCUCUCGUACCCGGGCGAGCUGUUCAUGCGCCUGCUCAAGCUUAUGAUCCUGCCGCUCGUCAUCGCCUCGCUCAUUGCAGGCACGUCCCGGAUGAACGCGCGCAUGAACGGGCGCAUCGCCGUCCGCAUGCUCGUGUACUUCGCGUGCACCUCGCUGCUUAACGCCAUGCUGGGCAUCGCCCUGGUGCUGGCCAUCCACCCGGGCGACCCGCUGCGCACCUGGGACCAGGACGGCAUGCCGCCGCCCGACCCCCGCGACGGCCGCGACCGCGCGCAGGUCAUGGACGGCCUGCUCGACCUCGGCAGAAACCUCUUCGCAGACAACCUUUUCCAAGCAGCAUUCCAACAGGUGCACACGGUGUACGUCCCUAAGGAGGAUUCCGCCACCGCGGUCACGGCCACCCCCACGGCCGCGGGGGCUGCAGGAUCGUACCCCGCCGUGGCCGCCCUCACCGUGGACGUGGAGAUGAAGCGAACCCUGCAGUACCGGGAUGGAACCAACACUUUAGGAAUUAUCUUCUUCUGCCUCUUGUUCGGCACGGUCCUCAGCACCAUGGGCAGCAAGGGCAAGGUUGUGGUCGAUUUCUUCUGCACCAUCUAUGAGGUCGUGAUGAAGAUGGUGUCUGGUAUCAUGUGGUUGACGCCCGUAGGCGUCUGCUCCGUGAUAUGCGGCAAGAUCCUGGGCGUGUCCGACCUGGGCACCGUCAUGUCGCAGCUGGCGUGGUUCAUCCUGACGGUGGUGAUCGGCGUGCUGCUCUACCAGCUCAUCAUCUUGCAGCUCAUCUACUACGUGAUCCUGCGCAAGAACCCCUACCGCUUCUACGCCUCGCUCUUCCAGUCCAACCUGACCGCCUUCGCCACCGCCUCCACGGCCGCGGCGCUGCCCGUCUCCAUCCGGAGCCUGGACCACCUGGGCAUCGACCAGCGCGUCAGUCGCUUCGUGCUGCCCAUCGGCUGCGCCGUCAACAUGGACGGGACUGCCCUGUUCAUCGCCGUGGCCUGCAUCUUCAUCGCACAGAUCAACUACAUGACCCUGGGCUGGGGCGACCUGGCCACUGUCUGCCUGACCGCGACGGCCGCCUCCAUGUCCUCGGCGAGCGUGCCCAGCGCCGCGCUGGUGCUGCUCCUCAUGGUGCUGUCGACCGUCGGCGUACCCGCCGGGGAAGCCUCCCUGCUUUUCGCCGUGGACUGGUUUGUUGACCGCGUUCGGACGACCAACAACUGUCUGGGCGAUUGCUACGCGGCCGCGGUGGUGGAGCACCUGUCCAAGGCGGAGCUCGAGUCCCCGGACGGCGAGGCCCUCAACACGGCGGAGUUCAACGGGAUCGGGACGUUCGUCGAGGAUGGGGACGUGGACUUAGAGGCCGCCCUGGAGAAGACGGCCUCGCUUCAGAACGGUUCUCUGAAAAAGUGAACAACAUGAGGCGCGAGUUUCGUGGGCUGUGUACCCCCCAACCAGCGCCAUUUCUCUCAUCAACCAAUUUUCAUUUUUCACCGAGGUUGUGCACCUCGCCGGACAGCGAGUGAAAACCUUUGACUGAUAAACACAUUAUGUUUUAGAGGAAGCCACUGGCACUAGUCGGUGUAGUGUGAUAGUAUGAUUGGAUUUCCUAGAAAAUACAACAUAUUUGUUCGUAUCUGUCGUAGACAUGUCGCUGGCGACAAAGAAGUAGAUCAUGAAACUAGAUAGAGUUGAUUGUACCCUGCAAAAGACAAUACGUGAACUAAGACCUGAUUGUACUGUACUGUUGUAACGUGCUGAUUUAUUGUGAUUUCGCUGACUACAAUUUAUUUACAUUUAGAUGUGUGUACGGGGAGGGGUAGGGUGUUUUAUAAGUAAUGUGCUUGACGAAGUCAAGAAAAGUUUAUUUUAUUAUUUGAAAAAGGGUGCUGUGCAUAUCUUGCAUUGGUGAUCUGCAGGAAUGAUGUAUUUUAUUUUUGGCUCACAUUGUCAGCACUGGCUCUAAGAACGAGGAUUCCAGUGUGAGGGAAGGAAACAACCCGUAUAACUCAUGUUCUUCCAUUCCCCGUCUUUGAGCCAGUGCUGACGUAUAAGAGAGUAUACGAUUGGGCUGUGAUGAGAUGAAUCGCCGGGGAUUCCUUUUUUUAUGGCAUACCAACCUCUUGAGUCGACAGAAAAUAUGCCCGCCUUACGAUGUACCAAAUCGAAUUAUACGUGCCAGUAGGUUGGCAUACCAACCUGGAAUGAAUCCCAGCCAAGCGGGAGUAAACGCUGACUCAUUUCAAUCACAUUCGGCAGACGAGCAAAGCCCACAAACUGUGGGGAGUCAGCCGGCAGUCGCCAGUCAGCCUGUACGGUAGGCCAAACAGCGCACUCGUGUCCGAGUAGUUGCCUACCCCCCGGCCGACAGGCGCCCCGGCCCGGUCAGCUUUUACCCCCACUUGGGCAGCCGGCCGACUGGUACUAGUGGGCUUCGUGACCCAGUAGCCCGGCCAGUCUGGGAAACGCUCGCAUUACGACUGAAUCAAGUAGUAUUAGUACGUAUUUCGUUGAAAUACUAAAUCGGGGUGUGUUGAACUUUACCUCACUAGACGCGCCUCAAUGGCUGAAGUUGCGGCUCCCUAACGUUGUGUCAAGGACCCGUGUUUUUUACCAAAACUGUAUCACUGUAUUUGGUUUGGUGUCCAGCAACGCGUAAAAGCUGCUGAGCGGGUCAUAGUGUCUGCCGUCAUAACAUUAAAUUAGAGUGUACCAAUUAUUUUUGUCUAAAAUUUGAGAGUGAUUAUCGAUUUAGAUAUAGAACCUAUGUUUUCUAGAUAUACAACUCGAGGCAGUUCUAUGGUGCCCAAAUUAGAGUUGACCAUUCAUUGCUUUUGAGUCUUAUCUUACUACAACAUUCAUAUGUGAUUUUUAAAAUUUUGUUAGUUAUUAUGAAGUGUUUACCAAAUUAGAAAAAGAACCACCCUAUGGUGAAUUUGGUGCUUGUAAAUGAAUAGAUAUUUUUCUUAACGAUAAAAGCUCAAUGUGCGUACCUAGUCACGUUUUUCAUUGGGCCACACCAAUAAAGAAUGUCAACCAUUACAAAA